AGCACCACAUAUAUACACAGCUUACACGAUAUUUCAUACUCCGUACACAGCGCGUACCACGUUUUUUUCCAAAUCAGCGAUAUUAGCUGGUCAGUAAUUACUUGUAAAUAGGGGCGUCAAACGUGAUGUAAAGAAAGGUUCUUGUUAUUUUAAUACCGACAGGUCUUUGUUAUAUAAUGUCGAAAAUGUGCUCGUAUCAAGUAUCAAGUAAAGAAAUUUGUUGACAUAUUCCUUUGACUUUAAUUUGUGUAAGAUAAUGGAGAGUAAAUUUAGUAUUUCACUGAUGACAUAAUGGAGAAAGCAGAAGAACUUCAAACUUUUAAAGUCGUUAUUAUUGGUGACAGUUACACUGGCAAAACUAGUCUCGCAUAUCGUCUUUGUACAGGGAAAUUUUAUGAAAAACUUGAAACGACCAUUGGCGUUGAUUUCUUUGAGAAAAUUCUUCUCAUAAACAACAAUCGUAUUAGGCUUCAACUUUGGGAUUCUGCAGGACAGGAAAGAUUUCGUAAAAGUAUGACAACUCAUUAUUAUCGCAAUGUUGAUGCUAUUGUAUUUGUAUAUGACAUUUCAAGUGAGGGCUCAUUCGAAAGUUUAAACCAGUGGAUAGAAGAAUAUAAACAUUUUACAAUUCCCGACAAAAUUGAAAAAAUUCUCAUUGGAACAAAAAAUGAUUUAACAAACAGCAAAAGAAUACAAUCAAUUACUGCAAAGAAAUUUGCUGAUAAAUAUGAAAUGGAAUUUUAUGAAACAUCAAGUAAAAAUGAUGAGGACAAGAAAAAAAUUGAUAAUAUUUUUAAAACUUUGGCUGAAAGACUUCUUAAAGAAAGACCCGAUGUGUUAGAAAAUAAAGGCAGUUUAAAGUUGUCAAAGCUACAAUCUAUUUCCACAAAAGUUAUUGAUGCUAAAGAGGGAAAUGAUAAAAUUGACAAAGAAAAGAUUGGGAGAGGAAAGAAAAAAUGUUGUGGAAAUUAGUACAUGAGUUAAAAGAGUAGCUAUUAGCUUAUUGAAUAUUUUAUUUCAUUAAUUGCUCAAUUUUGAGUUGUUUGCCAAAAUGUCUCAAUCAUUUUUCACCAUUUUUUGGUUGUGAAUUUAUAUUUUUUGUAAUUAAGAAUGAUAGAUGUUCCAUAAAGUAAAUAUUACGUAAAUUUUCUUUAUUGGAAUUUUCCAUCGUAUAAUUCACUCAAAAUGUAUUUAGAAUACAUUGAGAAAUUGACUAUUUUAAUUUUCCAAUGCAAUUUAAAUGACAACAAA